AUGUAUAUAUUUCAUCCCGACAGACGACAAACUGCUAUGUUGGCUGAUAGGAGCGGACAUGAAGCUCAGUGCAGAGGUCUCCAUCAAUUAGCUAGAUGUAAGGGGCCAGUUGGCAGGAGUGACUUUAUUGAAAUGUGGAUUAUGUUGUAUGAAUGCGUCUGCUGCGAUCCUGAAACCGUACACCAUAUCCUUUGCCUUACUCAUCCAUUACGUGAUCCUGAUAGCAUCCCGCCCUUCAGGAGUGCCCUACAAGGGUCAGAUGCCGCGAACGCUAUUCCUGUAGCGCUCCAUCGGCAACCCCUUAUAGACGGUCCCCGAACCUCGAUAUAG